CACACAACAAGCUUUAAGUCAGACCUACCUACACACCUACACACACACACACACACAGGAGGACAGUCGUCGAUUCACCAGUACUCUAGACACUUGUGGCUGGACCUGUGUCACGCUCUAACGAUAUGGACACAACUUUGAGCUUAAGUAUGUCACCACCACACUGCCACAGAAGCUGCCUUUAACGUUGCCUCCCAACACUCGCAAACUCUAGGAGUCAAACACAGGCUGGACUAAUCAAGCGUCUGGACAACAAAAACGAGCAGGCAGCAUUGCUUGGAUGUGAUUUUGCCUUCGAGGAGAGAGACUGCAGCCCAUCUCCAACACAACUGCUUCAGCCCACCAGUAUAGCGCUGGCGUUGUGACCCUCUGUCUGACCCCUGACCCAUAGGAGAGCUGGGGGUGUCGUCUCUGAAAGGUGGUGCCAGUGAGCCGAGCCAACAGCCAUGUUGCUAGACAACCACAGCAUAUUGGCCGUCCUGCAGGAGAGGGCGGACUGGGAUGCGCACUGGGAGGAGCACACGCCGGACUUCCUGUCCCUGUUGCUGAUCAAGGUUCUGCUGAACUGCGUCCUGCUGGCGUGCGGCUACGGCAGCCAGCGGCCAACACGCUCCUUAAUGGGCCUCUGCUUCCUGUCGCUCUGCCUGGCCGACUUCCUGCUGGCCACCACGCUGGCCUUUAACCGGCUGCUGGGCGACCCUCAAGGUUACCCAGGUUACCAGGCCCUCGUGCUCGCUCACGCCUCCGCCGUCUACGCGCUCUUGCCACUGCCCAUGCUGGCGCUGGGGUCACUGGACUACGCCUAUGCGGACCGGCGGGGAGCCCGCCAGUUAGGGGGCAGCGUGGGUCAGGGCGGGGCAGUGCUGGUGCUGUGGGUUCUGGCCGGGCUGUACUCGGCAGGCCAUACUGACCCGUCAGUGCUGGAGGUGAAGCUGAGGCCGCCGCAGCAGGUUGGGUGGGCGCGGGUGUGUGAGGUGCGGGUAGCGUGGGAGGUCAGUCUCUUCUGCCUGGUGCUGCUCAUGGUGGUCGGCGUCGUACUGCUGCUCCACCUGCCCCACGUCCCACGCUGGACACGCCUCAUCCACUGCCUGACGGUGGAAAGGGAGGCGGUCGGCAUGGCCCGCAGCGACCUGGCGGUCACCCACAGCAAAACGCCCCUCACCCACGCCGACGUGCCCAUCUCCAACAGCAAAACGCCCCUCACCCAAGCCGACCUGCCCAUCUGGUCUGUUGAGAUGGAGGGGCAGCCCCCGUGCCAGCGGGGACCGCCCCUCUACGUUACCUGCGUGCUACUGUUCGCCGUGCCGUGGUGCCCAUACCUGCUACUGCACCUGAGCAGCCAGCUGCUACAGCUGUCAGUGCCCUCCUACGUCAGCGUCAACACGCUGUGGCUGAGCUGUGCCAACAGCCUGCUGGCGGGCAUCACCUCCUGGGCGCGGGCAAGGCAGGACACGGGCACCAGCACCCAUCACCUGGACGCCGUCUGUGACUGGAGGAUCCCUAGCUACGUCAGUUACCGCGGCAACAGCCCCGGCCCAUUGCACAAAGUGCCCCUGGAACUGCAGACUCCGUCAGAGAGGAAACUAAAGCCCCUGCUCCUGCUUUGAGCUAUACUCUGGACAGCAUAACACACACAAUCUCACACACAGGGGGAAGGGUUUGGGGGUUGCACACUGCACAGGACAGAGGACAGGUUUAGCGGGUGCGCAUAGUGGGGGGCAUGUUUCUCUUCUAUCUGGGAUUUCUGGGUCUAUGAUCAUGAAAUACUGGAUGGUAUGUAAUGCUACUCUAAUGAAUUCAAGAUUCAAGAUAUCUUUAUUACAAGGGUAUAAAGUACGGGUAUACGAGUAAACUUCUUGUGUUUUUUUGCUCCUCAAAAAAUAAAUAGUAAAUAAAUAAAUAGUA